CACGCGAUCGGUUGUUUUUGCUGGAUUUUUUUUUGUUAUUCUUGCCCGCGAGGGUUGGAUCGAUCUGUAGGGAUUUGGAUGCAAAACGUUGCCAAUACUCGUUGGUUUGGCUGCCGUCUCUCUCGUGCUCUCCUCUCCCGUUGUUAUCCUCGUUUGCGCGCGGGAGGUUUUUGGGACCGGGGUUGAGGGGGCGUGUCCUUGAGAUUCGUGCGGCCGAUGAUUAGUCGACAGCUAUGGCAUGGCAUCUGAUACGAGGGAAUCUGGGGGCUUUUGCCGCCGUGAGCCGUGGAGGAAAUCUGAAGGUUUCAGUAGUGCUCUUUGUCUUUCGGGAAAUGGGUCUGUCAGACUGUCUCCAUGGAAAAUAUGGGCAGUGGAAAAUACUUUCCUUGGAACUGUAGAUGACACUGUUUGAUACUGUUAGUUUGAAAUAGAGGAUAGAAUAGGGGAUGCUUAGUUACAAGGUUGUGAUGGACUGUCUGUUUCUGCAUUAUCUGAAAUUAUGCUAUAUGACUGUAUUUGACCAUUAUUAUGGUCCCAUUGCAUGAGUCAUUCAGUUGAGUUGUGCCAUCAUGCUGCGCACCGUUCUGGUCUUAUCUACCCAAACUUCAUACAUCAUUUGCUUUGAUGUCCCUGAUGGGCCACCGUGCAAUAGAGAUCUUUAUGUGCACCUCUAUGAUGCAAUGCAAUGCGAUGUACACAAUCACUGAAUCUGCAUCGAGACUACACAAGAAAGCUGGUCAGCUAAACUGGCUGACUGACUGACUUUAUCCUCGUCGAGGACCGAUUACGUCACGAAGAAACUACAGGAUGGCAAGUGUGCUGCAUGAACACACCACACAUGCCGCACUCGAUGGCCUGUGCAUAGAAUCUGUAACAAUAUAAUUAGAGUCCAUGCAACGUUGAACCUAUUAUAUUGCUCUCUGUCUUAGGUAGUGCCCAUCUGUGGCCCACUCGUGUGCCGCCUCGUUGCUUUGUGGCUCAGUCAGGCAAGCAGCACAAAAGGGAACGAAACAACCAAUAUAUACGUUAAUUGUUUGGAUUCAUGUCAGUGAAGGAGUACAAGCCGGAAAGAGGUGCUCUGCAUGGUCUUUGGAAUCCUAGAUACAAAGAUAUAGCAUGCAAGUGCACCUAAUGAUUCAUUUUAUAGGAAGGAGAGCGUACUUAACCAAUCCCUUGCAAAAGCGGGGGUUUAAGUUCAGAAAAUUGAUGAUUUGGGACUGCAGUGGAUCAUUUGUGAAUGUUUGACCAGUAUGCUGGCUCCAGUCUAGGUAGUGGCUGGAUCACUGGAUGCAAUGCUGUGCUGAGUAAUAUAUCCUGGUCAUUUCGUACAUAUAUUCUAUAAAUUUUACAUGGGGCACCACGGGCUCAGAUGGUACAUAUUUCUAUGUACACAUAUACUUAGAUGUCUAGUAAGAAACAAACUAACAGUUCGAAGAUAUAUGUGCUAUUAUCAUAAAAAUACAAAAUUACUUUCAUUUAUCUAUUCGUUGGAAAUUGGAAUAUAGUUUUGGGAAGGAUAUUUUGCCAUCAAAUACAGAUUAAUCUUAAGUUUCAACUUGAUAGUUUAUCAGUUCAUGCCCAAAAAUCUGCAUAUUUUGAAGGUCUUGUUGGUCCCACCAGUAAAAAAAGCACUUGGUAGAACACAGGGUUGUUGCCGAAGAUUUUUGUGCUCUGUUACAAGUCUUAAUUUCUAAUCUGAGUAUGCUUGAUACCAUAAAAGCUAAAGGCUCGAGCUGUUCUUGGUUGUGUAAAAGCAGAGAAUCAAAGCAUGUUAGGGGCUAUCAAGUGACCACUUCCUUUGGGGUUUGGUCAUGGUCAUGCAUUGAAGCACUUCCCUAGGAGAGAAUCCAAACUAGCUUUUGGCCCCUCAGUUUUUUUACACGACUCCAUGAUUUGUGCCUGCUUCUCCUUUCACUUCACCCAAGAGAAUGGAAUGGAAGAGAAGGCAUAUCAUCCUAUGGUUUUGAAACCUAUAUCUUCUUUUGGUAGCAUCUACUACCACGACUGCUAGUACUUGUAACUAGCACAGUAACAUAAAAGUAAUGAAAUAGACGGAGUAGAUAAAAAGCGAAAGGAAAUCCACUAAUGUAAAGCCUCAAGGAUGAGCAUGAUAAAGGGCAAGGGAAACAACACAGUAGAUGUAAAACAACUGAAAAUUAAAGGGUUGUUCAAAGAGUUCUAAAGACAGUGGUCAACCCCACCCUUGAGGGUUACUUACCUCUUGGUUUAGCUGUGUAUUGAUGAUACUCAGGCAUUCUCUCCAGUUAUGCACCAGCUCCUCCCUUUGCUUUCUGCCCAGGAAUAAUUUUUCAUCUCGAUUUGUGCAUAGGGAGUUUCAUUAUGAGACAAUGGCAUCUUUCUCUGCAUUCGAAAAUUCUCUUAUAACGAAAAAGAUAAAGCCUAGUUCUCAUUGCUUACAGCUCAGCAAUCCAAUUCGCUAUGUCUUGAUUUGUAGUUUUUCCUUUUCUUUCUUUUCUGUCACUUUCACCCAUUUAAUUCUGUAUCAGAUAACCAUGUGGCCAUCUGCCAGUAUGCUUUUGCGUUAAGAUUAAACAACAUUGUGGACAUGAGUAGAGACUGCUAUUUUUAGUAUACGUGGACAAUGGUGUGUCUAUCAGUAGCCCGUUGUUGAUCAAAGUGAGGAAAACCCCUUGGGGCCCAAGUGAAGUGGUAUAUCAAUUCACAAUGAGUUUUUGCCAAAAGUAAGAUAGCUGAGGUUAUUUGCUGAGCUUAUAUGCUGAGCAGAAGUGGGGUGAAUUGUAUUUGCUUGUCAACCAUAUCAUAUUUGUUUAAAGACAUUUGUUUUUCUUUGCAUGAACUGAAUUAAUGUUUUUUUACUGUCUUGCAUUGCAUUGGGCCGGGGUGCGGCGAUUACAAUGAAAGGUGGUACAAACAAAGGAGCGUCAGGGGUUGAGGGGGAGGGGUAAGAGUGGUUCUUUUUCAAGGAAUUACAUGAGCUAGGGAAUUCAUAUUCGAGGGCUAAGGACAGUACACCAUUGGUCGGCAAAGCAGCGUCUGUUAGGGGGCAAACGGUGUGCCCAGAGGCGAGCGUCUGAUUGGUAGUGGUGGUGAUCUUUUUUUUCUUUUUGCAAAGAAAAGAUUUCUUAUUUGUUAGAUUAACUUAGUUCCAAAUGUUGAAGUUUAUAAGUGCAUUGUCCAUUUCUUCCUGAUAACUUAAGCUUUUGAGUUGAACUCGUUGUUGUGUGCAACUUAACAAGAUACCAAAACCGGAGGUCUUAAGUUCGAAGGCAACUCAAGUCCUCUGCCCCCUUUAUUUUCAAGUGUGCGUCUCUUUGGCUGGCCUGUUGGAGGCAACCUAAGUCCUCCGAACCCUUAAGUCCUUUGCCCCCCUUAUUUUGAGUAGGGGUGUUAAAGUGUAUCGUCCACCUCUUUCUGGCAGCUUAAGCUUGCGGGUUGAAUCAGUCGGUGCACGCAACUUAACAACAAAGAUAGUAUCUUAUUUCACUAGUGCUAAUUUUUCUUUGUACCUACACAUCAUGUUGUCAUGUACUCCCUCUCUUCCAAUCCAAAUUAUAAGACGCUGCUAUGUCCUCUGGAAAAAACCAUUACUUUUUACUAUAUUAUCUAGAUAUAGUGUAUAUCUAGAUGCAUAUCAAAUUCUAUGUAUCUAGAAAUGACAAAACAAUUUAUAAUUUAUAAUGGAGGGAGUAGAUGCUUAUGCUGUUGGUAAGCUGUUGAACACUUUAUGCUCCUUUCUCUCUCCUUGCAUUUAGAAUAUUCACUUGGUGCUGCAGUGUGCCCCUUAUUCUUACUUGUUCCUUCUUAUCUAGAAAAUUAGCUAGUCCGUUUCUGAUCCAUUCAUUGGAGUUUGGCUGAUACCUACUUUCCUCGUUUUAUUAGAAAUAUUUCUCUAACAAUUAAUUAUGGGACUUGUUUUUAAUAUUUGGGAUAGUAUAUGGUUCAAAAUUUUAAUUAUUGACAGUUAAUUUUGGCUAUAUGCAAGGGCCCUCUAAAUCCAUGGAAAAAAGGUUUUGAGUUGAAAAGGUGUGCUUACUUAAAGUAAAUGAUAUGCUGAAUAAAUGAUAUGGACGGGCCAUGAUAUUGUUGUAGAUUGCUGGACAGAAAUGGUUAUAGCGCUGAGUUGAGUGAUGGUUGCUUGGAAGGAUUCUAUGGUCUUUCUCAAUAAUUGAUAGUAAAAGAAGGCGAAGUUAGAGUCGAAUAUCAGGAACAGGAAGAGCCUUUUUUUUAGUUGCAGGAAUGACAGGGUCCAUCUCAACACCUCCAACACUUGCUUAUUUCCAUCGGAAUCUAAUAGUUGGUGCUAAUUUAGGUUUUGCUUUUCUUUCCAUAUAUAUAUUUUGUAUGAUUCUUAUUAGAUUUUCUACAUGGAUGCAGCCCAGCCUCCACAAUUGCUCGACCUAGUGCAAUAAGUUGUAUUGUUGGUAUAGACCAGAUUUUGUUUCUUUUAGUUUAAGCACAGAUUUGUUUAUGUUUUUGAACGAGGUAACUAAAUGGGUUAUGUAUUGUACCUUCAAAAUUAGAAAACAUAGACAGAAUCUGUCAUUCAACAGUUAACUGUAUCAACUCAAAGUGUGCCAUGUAAACACAGAAUAUUUUACUAAUCACACCUUGAAUGCAAGGCAGAACUCCUGAUCUUUUUCUUCAAGAAAAAAAAUACCAAUCACCAACAUUUACUCUGUUUUGGAUGGUACCAACCUCCUCAAAUUCCAUACUAGUGUGUUGCAGCCUUAUAUUUGGAUGUGUUUCUGCUAAGACAUAUUUUGAGAACACCUACAACAACAGCUAGUGCAUGCCAUGUUUCCUAAGCGCAAUAAUACUUAGAAGUGCACACAUCCCUGCAUCCCAUGUCUCAAAAGAUGUUGCCAAGGCAGGCUAAGAUACAGGGCAAAGAAAGGGGGAUUCAAACUCCCCAUAAUUCUUUUCCCUUUAAUGGCUUUCUCUUCUUUUCUUUUCUUUUCUUUUAACUCCCCUCCUCUUUCUAGUUUUACGUGAUUCCCUUGUUCCUCGCGGGCCAAAGCGCGCUAAGAAUCAAAGGCACAAAGAUAGCUCACCCUCGGUUUCAGCAUCCCCUCCAAACAUCACUAUAAAUACCCCUGCACACACGCACCUUGCUGCAUCACCACCAUCUCACUUCAUAUACCACUCCCUAGGAGGACCCAGCAACACACACAGCCGAGCUUUGCUUAGGCAAGAUGAACAGGAAGCCAGGAGACUGGGACUGCAGGGCGUGCCAGCACCUCAACUUCAGCCGCCGAGACAUAUGCCAGCGCUGCAGCGAGCCACGUGGAGUUGCUGAUCGUGGCGGCGGAGGAGGAGGAGGCGACUACGCCAGCUUCGGUGGCCGCGGUGGCUCCUCCUUCGGCGGCGGCUUUGGCGCUGCUGGCUCUGACGUCCGGCCUGGUGACUGGUACUGCUCCUGCGGCGCGCACAACUUCGCCAGCCGCUCCAGCUGCUUCAAGUGCUCCGCCUACAAGGAGGAGGCCGCUGUGAACAGUGGCGCUGGCGGCUUUGACGGCGACAUGUCACGCUCACGGGGCUACGGCUUCGGCAGCGGUGCUGCUGGUGCUGGUGCUGGCGCUGCCCGUACUACCAACCGCCCCGGUUGGAAGUCCGGAGACUGGAUCUGCACCAGGUGCGUGUUACUAAACUUGAACCCUUCCACCUUGACUACAUGUUUCAUGGACGGGCGUGGUAUUCAUUCUGUCCAUGAAUCCAUGUGCUUGUUUUCUUGUCGUACGCAAGGUCUGAUGAGAAAAAAAAAGGAUUGUUUUAUCAGCAACAUGCUGGAGUAAGGGACAACAGAAUCGUCUGGCUAUGCUUUCUGUCUGUCUGUCUGCAUGCAUGAUAUAUUAGCGAUAACCUAGCCUCUAAAUCUUCUUAGGAGUUGCUGAUGUCUCAGUUAGUGGAUGAGUAGGUAGGUACUCUGCCAGUAUGCAUUUUACCUGUGAACACUCUGCUAACCUUUGUGCGUGCG